AUGAGAAUUCUUAUGAUAAAAGAAAUACAAUCUCUUACAGUGAUAUUGGCUACUGUUAGAGGCAAUAAUGUUACGCACAACAAUCCCAUACUACCUGGGUGGCACAGCGAUUCCAGUUGCGUCUUUGUCCCUGAGUUCGACAACACCUUUUUCUGCACCACAUCAAAUUUCAUGGCACUUGCAAGUAAUGCUCUAAGCCGAGUGGCCCAGCUACCCGAAGUUCAAACUGCAACAAAUGAGCAAUUCACCGGCAUGCUUGCCAACACUCUGCGGUACCACAAGGGAAAAUUCUAUCCCAUCUCGGCAUGGAUCAAUACCCAUUUGGCCUCAUGGAGUGAUUACCUGUUUGUCCAAACAUCUGGUUUCACGAUUGACCCCGAUAUCUUCUUUGAUGACGACGGUACUGUAGUAGUUGCGUCUUCGGGGAGUCCCAUUCAAGCUUGCUAUUUGGACAUGACUACUGGGAAUACGAGCCAACCAUGGCCAUUGUGGAACGGUACGGGUGGUGCCAGUGCGGAGGGACCUCACAUCUUUAAGAAAGAUGGCUACUACUACCUAUUGAUCGCAGAAGGAGGUACUCAACUCGGGCAUCGAGCGAGUAUAGCGCGCGCAAUGAAUUUGACGGGCCCAUGGGAAGCUUCACCAAAUAAUCCUCUAGUCUCUAAUAGCGGAACUAAUGAACAUUUUCAAACCGUAGGGCAUGUAGACCUAUUUCAGGACGGAAAAAAGAAGUGGUGGGGAGUCGCUUUAUUCACAAGAGGAGGUCCAGCUCUGUACAAUCAGUCUAUUUUCCCAAUGGGCAGAGAGGCGGUGCUAUUCCCCGUGCGUGGAAAGAUGCAGGGGCCACUACCAAAGCGAAACUCCUUGACACCCAGCAAGGGUUUGAGUAUUGCUAGGGGAGCGCCUGAUGUUGUGGAUUCUUCGCCAGGAUCUAAGAUACCACCGCAUUGGAUUUUCUGGCGCGCUCCCUUCAACAGUUCAACCUUCCAGAUAUCACCCAAAGGUCACCCGAACCAACUUCAAAUUCAGUCCGCAAGGGCGAACCUCACAGCUGAUGCGCAAUUAAAUGCCUCCCGGGAAGGACUCUCAGCCGUGUUCCGGCGACAGGAGCACAUCUUCUUCAACUACACUGUCGACCUGCACCCCAACUUCGGCAAAUCAGCAGGCGACGAACUGGGCGUAUCAAACUUUCUGAACCAAGACCAGCACGUGGAUUUCGGCAUCGUCUACCUCAAAAACACUACUAGCAGUGGUGCUCUGCAGCCUUAUUUCCGUUUCAGAGCAAACUCCGUACGCUAUCCCAUUCCUCAAGAAAAAAUCGAGCCGAUCCCCCAAUCCUGGCUGACAAGUCCCAUCCACAUACGCAUCUCUCCAGACAACAAAAGCAGCUACAGUUUCUUUGCAUCACCAAGCACGAGAAGUCACGAAGAGAGACACAUUGUCGAUUAUAGUACUGCACUUCUUGCUGGAGACGGUGCUGGAUCGGGGGGACUUGUUGGGGUUUACGCAACGACAAAUGGAAAUUCUGCCACGUUCCGCGGAUACAUAAGUAGAUGGCGGUAUAGUGGAGUAGCGCAAAAGAUUGACUAUGAUACUUUGGUGUCUUUUUAG